AUGGAUUUAUUACUUUUUUUUUAUUUUUUAUGUGGUAUCGCUAGUUUCUCAUUAGCAUUUUUUAUUAAUAACAAAAAAUACAAUAACAAUAAUAAUAACAAUAACAAUAGCAAUAACAUUAGAAACAAUAAUAGCACCCACACCCAAGACCCACACCCAAUCAAAAAUAAUUUAACUGUACAAUUAACCCCAUCAGCAUCUGCAUCUGCCUCUGAACCAUCAGCAUCUUCCUCAGUCUCUGCUCCAUCAGCAUCUGCCUCAGUACCAUCUGCAUCAGCACCAUCAGCAUCAACAUCAGUAUCAGCAUCAUCUGCACCAGUAUCUGCACCUGUAUCUGCACCAUCAUCAUCAGUAUCUGCACUAUCAGCAUCAUCAUCAGUAUUCUCUGCACCAGCAUCAUCUGCAUCAUCUGUAUUCUCUGCACCAUCAGCAUCUGCCUCUGCACCAUCACCCUCUACCUCUGCACCAUCAGAAUCAUCCCCUGCCUCUACUUCUGCACAAUCACCAUCAGCCUCUGCCUCUACCUCUGCACCAUCAGCAGUAUCCAGAAAUAUUUCUGCAUCCACAUCAACUGGCAAUAGUUCAAUGAAGAAAAGACCAUUGGAAUUAGAUAAUGAAAUUAAUUGUGAUAGAGAAAUUUCAAAAAAAUUUAAACUCGAAGAUGAAGAGAGUUUAAACAGAGAUAGACAAAUAUUUAUUGAAACGGAAAGAAUAAGAGUAGAGAAAGAUAGAGAAGAAAAAAUAAAAUUGGAUCAAAUUAAAAGAGAAGCAGAUAUAAAAAGAAUAUCAAAACUCUACAGAGAAAGGGAGGAAAUGGAAGAGAUUGAAAGAGCUCAAAUACUUCAAAGAGAAAAGGAAAUUAAAGAGGCAUAUGAAAAAAUAAAUUUAGAAAGAAUUCAAAAAGAAAAAGAAGAAAAAGAAAAUAAUCAAAGAUCAAGAUUAAUAAGCCUCCAAAGACAAAGAGAAAGUGCAGAAUUUGAAGAGAGAAAAAGAUUAGAGAAACUUCAAAAAGAAUUAGAAAAAAAAGAAAGAAAAGAAAAAAGAAGACUAGAACAAGAAAGAUUGGAAAAGGACCGUUUAGAAAGGGACGAUAAAUGCACAAUUUGCAUGAACGAAAUUAAGACCAGCGAACUCGCAUAUAUUGAAUGCGUUCAUAGAUUUUGUUAUGAAUGUAUUGUAAAAUGGUCCGAAAGCUACCGUACCUGCCCAAACUGUAGAAAACCAUUCAGGGAUGUAAGAAGAGAAGCUAAUGCCGAACGUUUAUAG